AUGGUCCUUCUUGGUACCAACGUCGACGCUGCGGCUCCAACACCUUGCGAAUUGAAACUCGAGUCGGGACGUUGUAUUCGCUACGUGGCGCCAAAAGACGCUAACCAUCGAAAAGAGCUGUGCAGUCCUCUUGAUCAAAUGGUAUGUUGGGAGGGUGUGAAUUCGAUGUGUUGGGUGUUGGACUGCAUUAUUGAAGAGGACAAAGAAACAGAUUUUUUUGAAGGCAAGAACGUGCUUGAGAUUGGAUUUGCUACUGGCAUUCUGUCUGUCUUUGCAUACGAGAAUGGUGCCAAUGAAGUUGCUCUGCACAGUCCAUCCAAAUCUUCACUGGAUUUGUACUGUAUACCAACAAUUCGCAGGAAUGCGAUUCCUGACAAUAAGUGCAAGUUCUCCAGUGGUGACUUAAGUCAGAUGCGUAAGUCUAUUGGUGGAAAAAAGUUCGAUGUGAUCCUUGCCGCAGAACUUCUCAAUCGUGGUGAAGAAGAGUUCGAUAUGGUGCUCCAAAUUCUCGACGAAGCUCUCAGCCACGACGGCAUUUGCUUCCUCUCCAGCCCUACACAUUAUUUCACCGUGAACAGUAAUCUGACCACUUUCAUCGAAAGGGUGAAGAUACAAAGGAAGUUUGAUGUUAUCGAGCGAUGGAGCUCCCCUCGUACCGAUGUUGUGCAGAGUAAGGUAAGAGUUAAGUCUACUGUUCUCUAG